AUGGACACAACUUCCCAAACCGACAUCCCCCAACCCUCUAAAGAAGCAGCCUACACCCAACCCUCCAACCCCGUCUCUCGCAACCCGCAAGAACAACGCCGCCAACCCAACCAGCCUUCAGCGCCAGACUCAGGCCUCAAGUACGCCACCUCAGGCACAGGAUCCUCAGUUCGCGGGCACGACUACAGCGAAGCACCCCAAAAACUAAUUCAUCGCACCGCAGACUCCAAUCCCUCUUCUGACGAGAAACUGGCUCAACGCCGCCAAAAACAUGAACAAGAAACUAGCCCUGAGGGUAAAAGGGGCCAUGUUGAUCUGGAGGAUGGAAUUGAGCAGCAACCCCGCGAAGGCGACAUUGCACACGCAGUAGAGGAUAACCACUCCGAAUCCGCGCCGCACCAACGCUUUCAACCGGGUGUUCAUGCCGGUGCUGUGGGGACCAGUACUCCGGGUUUUGAGCAAGAUACGGCGGCGCAGAUGGAUAGGAAGAGGGCAGAGAAUUAUCGAAUGCUUGGAUUAGGAAGGGAGGAGAAUGUGAGUGCGAAGAGUCCGAAGUAUUAUGGGGAUGCGGACAAGGAGGAUAAAGUUGGCGGUGGGGUGGAGGCAGAAAGGACGCAAGUACGGGAGGAGAAGCUCAGAACGGAUCAGGAGGUGGAUGCUAAAGGGGCGGUUAGGGAUGCGACAGGGCAUGUUGCUGUAUAA